AUGAAUGUUUACCACAAACGUAUCCUCUCAAACUUUUACAAACUUCUUGAAAACACGCCAUGGAUAGGACAUUAUAUUCUCCGCCUAUCAUUAUCUGUUGAUGUGGUCUCUUUGACCAAACUUAUUCCACCAGCACUGGAGGCAUUUGCUCACAUCACACGCUUGCAAGAUUUAACGCUCGAAAUUGGUACGAUCGACCAAAGGGCCAGUUGGAAUUCCCUUUCCACUUCUGUUCAAUGCAUUCUCCAGCGUUUCAUACGUCUUCCGACCAUCGAUACUCUCACUUUGGUCAAUAUCUAUGACAUCCCAGCUAUCGACAUGACAUCUCGCAAGAGGCUUGACUUCCUUACGAUUAUAGGUCCGGUUAGUUUUCAUGAAGAACAUCGAAAAGAUACAACAGCACUCUCAAGUGCUCCAAAACUGCUAGGACUCGCUUAUUCCCCACGGCUAGCCCAGCCUUCGCUCAACAUAUUCACCAAGGGGAAGCCACCUUUCGAUCUCGGGGAGCUCAAAUAUUUUUGUUGUUAUUGGGCAGGUAUAGAUGAGUUUUACCGUCUUCUUUUUGAGAAUUCUCCGAACCUGCAAAACAUCCACAUAUGCAUCAGAAAUGGUUUUCAUGAUCAGCCUACUGGACUCGGCCACUGUCUGAGCUUUUCGUUGCACUCAUUGGUGAAUUUGUACAUAAAUGUAGACCCUUAUUUCUCGUUCCUGGGCGACGAAGAGUCUAACUCGCUAUUCAAACUUUGCCUCGAACUUCGGGAAAUUGCUCGCGACAACCGUAUCGAAUAUCUCAGUAUCAGGCUUCUCUUGCAAGCUUCUAGUCAGCGUGAAGUUGAAGAAAUCCCAUGGGGCCGUCUCGAUAACCUUCUCCUCGUACCUAACACUUGGACAACAUUAAAACAGUGUGAUCUUUGGGUCUAUCUCGACCAAGAUAAUCACUAUGGGUCAGAUAUAAAUUCAGAAACGUUCCUGACGGCGGCAAGGAAUGUCCAGGAGUCACAGCUAUCAAGGCUUAUAUCUAACAAGUCGUUCAAGUUCAACUCGUUUUUCAAUGUCGGUUCUAAGGACUACUUCGUAUUCAUGGGGGUGACACAUUAA